GUUGGCAACACUGGUUAUUCUCGCAUAUUCUUUAGUUAAACGCCGCAUGAAAACGUAGUUGAAAGCAAAAUGCAAUUCCAAUCUGUUUUAUCAAAAGUUGCAACUCUAUCAAGGUUUUCUGUUUUUAGAAAACAAACAGGACGUGCAUUUUCAAUUAAUUUAAUGGCAAUGGCGCAAAUCAAAGUAGGAGAUAAAUUACCUUCCGUUGAUCUUUUUGAAGAUUCACCAGCUAAUAAAAUUAACACUUCCGAUUUGACUGCUAAUAAAAAAGUAAUUAUUUUUGGAGUACCCGGUGCAUUUACACCUGGCUGUUCAAAGACACAUUUACCGGGUUAUAUAACUGGUGCUGAUGAUCUUAAGAGUAAUCAAAGUGUCAACGAAAUCGUAUGUGUAUCUGUUAAUGAUCCAUUUGUUAUGUCAGCUUGGGGAAAGGAACAUAAUGCUACUGGUAAAGUUCGUAUGUUAGCUGAUCCUGCUGCAAAUUUUGCCAAGGCAUUAAAUCUAACAAUUGAUUUGCCACCAUUGGGCGGAGUACGUGCUAAGCGUUUUUCAAUGGUUGUUGAAGACGGCCAAGUGAAGGAAUUAAAUGUUGAACCUGAUGGUACUGGAUUAAGCUGCUCUUUGGCCAAUAAAAUUGGUAAAAAUUAAUGUACUAGAGGUAGAAUUAUAAAACUAAAUUAGUGUAUCUAUACGCUGUAAAACUAAUUUAUAGUGUCAGCUUAUUAGAAUGUAUUUGCAAAAUGUAUGUUAAAUGAAAUACAUAAUCAAGAAUUUAAUUAAAGACAUAUAUCAAAUUCAA